AUGACAACAAACUCCCAACACAUUCCCUACAUCCAAAAAUGUCUCUCACUUGCCGAGCAAUCGCCUCCCCGACCAACAAACUUCCGCGUUGGCGCGAUCCUUCUUUCCCGUAAAGACAAUGACCCUACCUUUAAAGAUGAUCGGAUCCUCUCCACGGGCUACACAAUGGAGCUAGCAGGUAACACGCACGCAGAGCAGUGUUGCUUCUCCAACUAUGCAGCUUUCCACAAGGUUGACGACGAUGCAGUCGCCUCAGUGCUGCCCGUGGAGUCUGGUCGAAAACUCAUCAUGUAUGUGACAAUGGAGCCAUGCGGGAAGAGAUUAUCGGGGAAUGCGCCCUGUGCCCAGCGCAUUGCACGAACGACGACAGGUCACGAGGGGAUCCAUAAGGUUUAUUUUGGCGUCAAGGAGCCCGAGACUUUCGUUGGGGAGUCUGAGGGGUGUCGAAUGUUGACAGAAGCGGGGAUUGAGUGGGAGCACGUGGGUGGGUUGGAGAGGGAGAUUCUGACUGUCGCUUUUGCGGGCCAUGAAAAUGGAGCAGAGGAGGUGAGGGCCGCUUUGGGAGACAAGGAGGACACUGGGGAUGUGAGUAUCGAAGAACGGCGGAGGCAAGAAGCGCUCCAGCCCAGGAAUCCAAAGAAAAGAGUGAUGGAAGGGGAAACAAGUCUUUAUCUAUAA